AUGAGUCGGGGGACGAUGCUUCAGCCCGGAGCGUGGCCCGGGGAGAGCUGUGCCGAGAAGCCGGCGCGGGAGGCGGGGGCCGCGGCGCUGGAGGGCGAGAGAGCGGUGGCCGAGGGGCAGCCGCGAGCCGCGGUGCGGUGCCUGGCCGAGCACGAGGAGGACAUGUAUCGUGCGGCGGAUGAAAUAGAAAAGGAGAAAGAAUUACUUACACAUGAAAGAGGGUCAUCAGAACCCAGAUUAAGUGUAGCUCCUGAAAUGGAUAUCAUGGACUAUUGCAAAAAAGAAUGGAGGGGAAAUACGCAAAAAGCAACAUGUAUGAAAAAGGGCUACGAGGAGGUGUCUCAGAAAUUCACCUCCAUCAGGCGAGUCCGUGGAGAUAAUUACUGUGCGCUGAGGGCCACACUCUUCCAGGCCAUGAGCCAGCCGUCUGCGCUGCCCUCCUGGCUGCAGGACCCGGACCUCACGCUGUUACCAGAAAAACUCAUAAGCAAAUACAGCUGGAUCAAGCAGUGGAAGCUUGGACUGAAGUUUGAGGGGAAGAGCGAGGCCCUGGUUGACAAAAUUAAGGAGUCCCUCACUUUACUGAGGAAGAAGUGGACAGACUUGGCUGAACUGAGAACUGCCGAAGCGAGGCAGAUAGCUUGUGAUGAACUGUUCGCCAAUGAAGAAGAGGAGUACAGCCUCUAUGAAGCUGUAAAAUUUCUCAUGCUAAACAGAGCCAUCGAGCUAUAUGAUGAUAAAGAGAAGGGAAGGGAAGUGCCAUUCUUCUCUGUGCUUCUGUUUGCUCGGGACACGUCAGGUGACCCCGGACAGCUGCUGAGGAACCAUCUGAACCAGGUGGGGCACGCCGGUGGCCUUGAACAGGUUGAAAUGUUCCUUCUCGCCUACGCUGUGCGCCACACCAUUCAGGUGUACCGGCUUUCCAAGUACAGCACUGAAGAGUUCAUCACCGUCUAUCCCACCGACGCCCCCAGGGACUGGCCGGUGGUGACGCUGAUCGCCGAAGAUGACCGGCACUACAACAUCCCCGUCAGAGUGUGUGAGGAGACGAGUCUGUGA